UCUAGACUAGAGUUUAAAGCGAUAAAACCAUUAAAAAUUCUUAUUAUUAAUAAGAAUUAGUUAUAAUAUAAUAAAUAUUUAGAUAGUCAUAUUAGAUAUUUAUUAAGAAGGAUGUUUUCUAUAAAAGAUUCCGAUGAUGAUGAUGAUUUAUAUACUCCUAACGCUAGUCAAAAUUUAGAGCAUCUUUUUAAUGUACCUAUGCAGCCAAACGAAAAUGAUGAGCUUCCAAGUCUGAAAUAUGUAGCCCCUAAACAAUCUAAGGCUAAAAGUAAUAUCAGUGAUUUAAAUCAGGAGCUUGCACCACAAAACAAAGUUAUUAUUGCUAAAAGGAUUACGGCUUAUAAACUUAUAAAUAAGCAAUAUGUUGUACAAGGAUUAUUGGGAUUAGCUUUGAUUAAAGUAAUUAAUACAAAAUUUCGAAUUAUAUUAUAUAAAGAUAAGCUAAACAUUUUAAGUACCCAUGAUUUCACAGACAGCCAUAAAGUAAUAAUACAAGAUUUAUAUUAUUAUUUCACUGAUAAUUCUUCUGAAAAUUGGUCUGUUUUAUUUGAAAAUGGCAAAGAUUUAACAGAAUUUGUUGAAGAAAUGAAAAAUACUGGUGCGGAAGUAGAUAUAACUAAUAAAAGUUCUAUUAAAAAAGAAAACACUGUGAUUAACCAAACUGUGACAGAUUAUAAAGCAGAUGAUAGCUGUGAUAUUAAGGAUACAAAAGCAAAAAUAUUAAAUUUAAUGGAGAAAAUGGGUCAAACAAAACUGUUACCGGAAAUACAAAGUUCACCUGUGGAUAAUACUACAGACUCCUCAGACAAUGAGAAUGUCAGACAGUCAUCAAAACCUGUAGUUAAACCACGAAAACUCGAAACACGUACUAUGAGUACUAAAUCAAAUAUCAUAAACCCUACUAAUUCUAUAAGCAUGGUUAAUUCUACCCAAUAUGCUUUGGUAAAUGGACAUUUAAUGCCAUUUUCACAAGAUCAGCAGAAUAUUACUAACUCUUCAAAUCCACAGUGGCUGGCUUCUUCAAGCUUACUACCUUCUCCAGCAAGUAAUGAAAACCUCAACAUGUAUAUUUGCGAAAAUAGAAUUCAUAAUUCUGAAUUACGUAUGAAUAUAUCAAACAUUGAAAGAAAAUUAGAGAAAGUGUUAGAUAAAUUAGAGUCCUCUAAUAAAAAUGACACGUCAGGUGAUGGCAUAAAUGUUAUGUUGGAUUAUAUUAGAGGACAAACUGAAAAACAUAAUCAGGAAAUAGAUUCACUAAAAUUUAAAUUGCAGCAUUUUGAAACUAAUGGAAAAAGAAAAGAAAUAUAUUUGUCUGAUAAUGGAAGCAAGUUGGGUGAUAUUAUAGAACAAAAAGAACAAGAAAUUCUGGAUUACAAGAAGCAAAUAAAUAUACUAGAAUUGAAAUUGAAAGAUUUUGAAGAAUAUUUUAAAGAAAAGUCGCCAAUUUUGAAAAAAUAUGAAGAAGAUAUUAUUAAAUUCAAAGAACAGGAACAAAAAAUAGAAAAUCUUAUGUUGAAGUUAAAUGAUUUUGAAGGAUAUUUCAACAAAAAUUCAUCAGUUUUAAAACAAGGUGAAGAAGAUGGAAUGAAAUUAAAAGAACAACAAAUAAAAAUAGAAAAUUUGACAUUGAAAUUGAAAGACUUUGAAGAUUUUUAUAAAAAUAAGGCAGCUGAGUCUACACAUAAUGAUGAAUCAAAAUCUCUGCAAAUACUGUGCCAAGAAAAAGAUAUUCAAAUAGCUGAUCAUGAAAAGACUAUAAUUAAUUUGCAAUUGAAAUUAAACGAGUUUGAAGAAUUGCAUAAAGAAUAUGAUGAUAAACUUGUUGCAAAGGUUGAAUCCAUCAAAGAACUAAAUUAUAAGUUACAAAGAUUAGAAGAAACAAAUGAAUCUUUGAUAUCAAAAUUAAGCCAAAUUGAAAAUAAUUCCCAUGAAAUUUCAAAUCAAAGGAUAAAAUCUAUUAUGAAUGAGGUUUAUGCCUUAUUGUCUAAAGAAAUUGAUGAAAAUAAUACAUUCAAAGGAAUCGACAUUUUACAAAGUUUCAAAAAAGCAAUAAAAGUUAUUACAUUGGAAACCUUAAGUAAUAGGAAGGAAACACCUCCACCACCUCCAGAUUUUGAUGGGUGAUUUUUAAAAGAAAUUCGUAUUCAUAAGAAAAUUUAUAUGAUAAAUUUGUUCAUGUUGAAUGUUAAAUCUUAAAGAAUGUUAAUGUUAAAAAAAUGCAUAUCAUU